AUGACCCCUCUUUCUGAGCAGCCUGUGUUCAAAGAGCUGAUCACUCUUCUUGUCAAACUUUCUGCCUCUGACGAUGAUCCCAACUAUCCCAACUUUGAAAAAUGCCAGGCUGCCAAUUGCAGGACUGGCACUAAGGGGAAGCAAGAAGAAGCCAAGGCGGUAUGGAAUAAAUUGAUGGCAAAGGAAACAUUCUCAAACGAGGUCGAGUUCUAUUCGACGGUUAAAGAAUUUCUCCCGUUGGUUCACUGCAAGAGGCAUAAUUCGGGCGGUUUCCUUGAAGAGUGCUUUGGCGACUGGGAAAGGUUCCGAACUAAGAGCUCAGGUUACGCUUCAUCUGAAGUGUCACUACCUAGUACACCGACUCAGGAUCAAGUCUUCGAAUCGCCUACUGUGGGAUACGGUACACCUCUCUCAAGUCCUCUUGUCGACCACGGCACACCAGCAACCUCAGAAAAAAGUCUGGCUUCCAGCUUUGACAGUUUCAUCCUGAGCACCCCCAGCAGGAUGGACCAUCACAACCCUCUCCCUACGAUUGAAUAUACGUCAACAUCUGACGAGAGCCCGAGAUAUGUUCCCCCAUUUCCACUCGGCAUUAAUUCGACUCCUGACAGGGCUGUUGAUUUUGGUCAGCAAGAUAACAUUGUUCCAAGCAUUACCGAGGUGAAUGUUGUAACCCUCAGAGAUCCUCCAAAGUCGCGCCCUAUUCAUUCCAGGCAAGAUGUUGCCGCAGAACAACCCGACAUGGUGGAGUCCAUCAUGGACGAAACAGUUAUGAAGGAGAAUGACUCGGAUGAUGAGCCACGACUUGUUCACCCGCAGUUUAGUGGACUUGGGUUAAAGAGAAACGGAACCUUGAGCAAUCAAGCCGCCAUCGUCAUGGAAUUGAGGAAGCCUCUCACGCAUGCACAGGCGGGAGAGGGCAAGGUGUAUGUCCUGAAGCACAGGGAACAAAAGGAUCUGUUCAAGAUUGGAUGGACCGCUACUACUGUCAACACAAGUCUAUCACGGCCCAACAACUGUUAUGGCGCAUCAUGUGAGACCAAGCCAGUCUAUGAGUCUCCCAAUUUAUUCAACGGUGCUCCCAAAGCCCAUAGACUGGUGCACUUGUUUCUCAGGGACAUCAAUGUACGGGUUAAAAGGUGUAAAAAGUGCGGCCAAGGGCACAAGGAUUGGUUCGAAGGAGGUGAAGAGGCUAUUGUGGACGCAGUCAGGGUCAUGGAAGGCUUUUUACGAAUGCCUGCUUAUGAGUUGAAGGAGAAGGGAGAGCUCUCGGAUGAAGGGAAAGCCAUGGUGAAGAACAUGUGCGACGUCACCCUCAAGUCAUUCCAAAGGAACCAAGAGUCUGAUGGAAUCCCGGGCCAUAUCACUGGCGCCGAAUCUUUGACGAUCCCACAUACUGUGGUACCUGAAGCUACGGUUGAUGUACCAUCACGACAGGGUCUGGUCGACGAGUCGUCAAGCCAGCCAGAAGCACUCGCCGCAUCCACAGAUGCUUCUAAGGAACUGGAACCACCCUUGAAGGCUAACAAAGGUGGACUCCGCAAAAAAUUCAAAGAAGUGUAUGGUACCAUGAAGGACAAACUCUCCAAGGAUGAUUAUGACUAUCCCUUUGCACUCCUCAAGGCCCUCCGACCAAGACAGUGA